AUGGAAUUCUUCUCCACCAUUUUGGAAGCCUUGGCCCACCACUCAGCCAAGACUCCCGACAAGGUCCUUUAUACUUGGGUGGACAUCAAAUGCCAGGAACAAAACAAGCUGACCUUCCAGCAGCUAGAAGAUGAGGCCAAUGCUGUGGCUGCUCGACUCCUCAAGUUGGGGUGCCAAACAGGAGAUCGUGUCAUGAUUGCUUAUCCAUUUGGGCUUGAGUUCUUGGCUGGCAUGUUUGGGGCCAUGAAGAUUGGAGUCAUCCCUUGCAGCAUCUACCCACCCAAUCCUAAUCAGCUCAAAACAGACAUGCCCAAAUUCCGUGGAUUUGCAGAGGAUGCUGGAGCCAAAUUUGCUCUAACCACUACCGCCUUUGCCACAGCCAUGACUGCUGCUGGGGUCUUUUACAAGACUGGGGUCAAGUGGAUUGGCACAGACAAGUUGCCAAUUAAGAAACAAAAGCAUGGUAAGCCAAAAGGCUAUGAAACAUUUGUGGGCCACCCAGAUGGUAUCUGCUUUAUCCAGUACACAUCUGGGAGCACUGGCCGGCCCAAAGGAGUCAUGAUCAGCCACCGGAAUCUUGUAGAGAACUGCAGGGCCAUUGGUAACAUGUCAUAUGUAAUUUCUUCCAAUGCGAGCUCCACGGUGGCAGCAUUAUGGGUACCCCAAUACCAUGACAUGGGACUUGUGGCUGGCUUUUUGACUUCCUUGUAUCAUGGCACCCAUCUGGUUAUGGCAUCACCUCUUGACUUUGUUGUUAGGCCUCUGUUGUGGGCUGACAUGAUAGAGACCUACCAGGCCAACCUGACCUGUGGCCCCAACUUUGCCUAUGCCUUGCUCCUCAAGCGUUUGAGGCAAGAAAAAAGAAGUUCUGAUUGGAGUUGUGUGCGACGUGCCAUGUUUGGUGGUGAGCCUGCUCAGAACCAUGUGGUAAAAGAACUCGCAAACACAGUGAAGAUGAGGCCUGAACAUGUCUACAACAUCUAUGGCCUUGCUGAAUCUGUAGUAUACCUAACUGGUGGACCUGGCUACUCUGAUGCUGAGGGCCACGUCGCCUGUGGCGAGGUUGACUCCGAAACCCUCAAGCUCCGGAUUGUUGAGGAUGGAAAGGAGGUGGAAGAUGGUAUGGUUGGGAGUAUCUGGGCCCAGUCACCUCGAGUUGCUGCUGGCUACUAUGGCCAGAAAGAGCUAACAGCCUCCACAUUUGGCAAUGUACUUCCCAAUUAUGAGGGUACCUGGCUUGACACUGGUGAUCUGGGCAAGAUUGUGGAUGGACAACUUUAUGUCACUGGAAGACUCAAAGAUGUCAUCAUUGUCAAUGGCAAGAACUACUACCCAACUGAUGUUGAGCUUUCCAUUGAUGAAUCUUUUGGUGACGUUAUCCGACCUGGGAGGACCACGGCCUUCCAACACGGAGAUGAUGGUAUUGGACUCACAGCUGAGGCUCGUAAGGACUUUGACAAGGCAGCAAAUGAUGACUUAGCUGUCAAGAUAUCCAAUCAUGUUGCUCAAAUGCAUGGACUGACUGUGCGUGAGGUGCUCAUUCUCAAGGUUGGGCUUACUCCCAAGACCACCUCUGGAAAGCUCAAGAGGUCAUUGGUUCGGCAAACUACUCUUUCUGGUGACUGGAAGGCCAAUUCUGUGCUUCUCCAGUACAACCUUUCUACCUGUGUAGCUUCACCACAUGCUCCUUGUGGAGAGAGUUUUGCUGUUGCAACUCAGAGCCCUGCUUACAUGAUUGCAAAUACUAAGGAUGAUACUGUCAGCAAUCCCUUUGACGAAGCCAUCACUUCUGAAGGCCACAGAACAGGUGAAAAUGUCAAAAAUGGAGAGGAUUUUUCCAAAAGGUGGAGCAUGGUAGCAUCCUCUGCCCUUGGACCAAAUAUUGAUGAAUCCAAGACUUGGAUGGAGAAUGGGAUAACCUCUCUCAAGAGCGCCGAACUCAGAAACAAAGUAGAGGAAGAGCUGCAUGUGUCACUUCCCUCCAACUUUCAGCAGCUGUACCCUACUCCAUCAGAACUUUCUCACUUUCUGAAUGCAUCAGAGGCUCAAUGCUUCCCCAGGCAUGAUGUUGGCAGCAAAGAGUAUGAUUGGAAUACAUCAAGAUCUAAGAUCUCCAAACCUGUACUUGGUGUUCUGCAAGCUCUGGGGUCAGUCACCAUUAUUCUGUUGCUAUUGGUCUCAGCUGCUCCGCCCUACUUCUUGACUUCCUGGGCCAUAAAGCAUUGUGACUCAACUGGAGCUGGAGAAUGUCGUGGCCCAAUCGCAUUCAGUGUGCUGCCUCUGGUCAUCCCCAUUUUCCUCCUCUCAUUCUCUCUCGUUGUGGUGUUCUCUAAGUUGGCCGUCAUUGGCAAGUAUCGACCCCAGCAGUUUGACCUCUUGUCAAAGGACUACUUGCGAUGGUGGUUUGUGGACAGGCUUUUGGAAAUCUGGGAGUCAUUUGUUGGACCAUUCAUUGUGGAAACAAAGUACAUUUGGAUGUUUUACUGGCUUCUUGGGGCAGAUCUGCCAAGGACUGCCAAGAUUGAGUCAUUCAUUCGUGAAUGUGAUUUGGUCAGGGUGGGAGACAAUGCCACUAUUGCACACCCUAUCAGGUGCAGGAAGUUCUCUCAAACUGAUACAGGCCCCAAAAUGGCCUUCAGACCAAUUAAUAUUGGCAAGAACAGCCAUGUAUCUGGCAUGAUCAGCCCAGGUUCUGUUGUUGGUGAUGGAAGCAAGGUGGAAAAACUGUCUGUUGUGGAAGAGGGUGCAGAAGUGCCACCUGGAAUCCUUGCCAAAGGCAUCCCAGCACACAACUCUGGGCCCAACAAGUGUGAAAAACCAUCCUGGCAGCAAGAUUUGUUUUUAGAUGCUUUCAAGAUAGCCUGGACCAUCAUUGAAGUAUACCACUUCUUCGCACUUUCCUACCUGGUUCAUUCCUUCCUCAAUGUCAUUUUGCCUUCUUGGCGUUAUGCUACCAUCCUUCAUUGGCUUGUGCUCUUCCCAGCCACAUCCUUCCUUGCCAUCAUCCCUAGCAUUGCUCUCAAAUGGUUGCUCAUUGGGAAACGGAAUCCAUCAGAUGAGUAUGAGGGUUCACUAUGGCGAAAAGCAACUAACUGGGCAUGUGACUUCCAUUUCCGAAUUGCCUCUUGGUCUCAAACUCCAUUCUUUGGCCAGACAAAGCUCUGGCAUAUCAUCCUGUUCCUCCAUGGUCUGGAUGUUGAUAUGGCUUCUUGCCUCAACAACCCAUACCGAAUUUUCUUCCCCUCCAAGGUUGAUUUUGUCAAGAUCCGCAAGUCCUUUGUGGCCACUAGCACUGUUGACCUGGACCAGAAGGCAGACUCCAAGAUGGAGAUCAUCAACAGCAGUGUUGGCUACAAUUCCAACCUCCAUACAGGAGUCAAGAUCAUCAGAUCCCAAAUUCCUCCCAGGUCUGAUGUAAGGGACAACAUCACUGAGUUGAACCAAGCAGGAAAAUCAUGGCAGCUCAGCUUGAUCAUGGACAUGAUCCUUCCAGAAUUCCUGCAGCUGCUACUGAAUGUUGUCAUUUUUGCCAGUCUCAUCCCUGCCUAUGAGGUUGGUGUUGCCGUAUUGGCUAACCCCUCCUUUACCAUCAUCGCUGUUGGCUUGGCAGCAGCCUUUGUCCUCCAGCUGUUUGUUUGGAUUCUUUUGACCAAGGCUGUUGAAGUGGUGAUGCUGAAUCUACCAAGACCUUUGCAGCAAAGCUUUUGUGGAGUAUACAUCAACCAUAUGUGGCAGUUUGGAGUAGGGAACUGGCUGGUCUUUCUUCUCUAUGGCACACCCAUGUUCGCCUACUACGCUCGCAUGAUGGGAGCAACAGUGCAAGGAGAGCUUUGGUACUUUGGAAACUCGCUCUACGAGUACAGUAAGCUUCACUUUCAUGGUAACACCAUUGUGGAUGAUUCCCAUGUGAGUGGGCACUUUAUUGAUGCCAAUGGGCUCACCCUAGAUGACACCCAAGUAACUGGGGUGUUGCAUCCAGGUUGUUACACCCCUGCUGGAUCUGUGGUUCCUGCUUCAGAGCAUGGCCCCUGGAAGCUCUUCUUUAAGAGUGUGACAGUAGCCAUACCGGUAGCUACCACACCCUCUGGCUAG